UUUUCAAAAUGGCGGCCAGAUAUGCACGUUUUGCGGCAAGAGGGUUUUCUUCGAUAAGAAGUGCUCCAAGGCUGUGCACACGAGGAUCAGUCAAAAUGUCAGGAGAGCAAACCUCGCUGGUGCGUCGCUGUAGAACCUUAGUUCCCUUAGUUGGUGUCMAGAGUUUACAAUCUAACAAUUUAGUUCAAAUUGCCACAAGAAAGUYGAGUCAAUACACCCCUAUUGUAGUUAGUGAUGUCUCGUCUAUAAUAAACAACAAUUCMAGUGGAACAUCAGAAGCAUUAGAAGAAAGUUCAACGGAGUGUGAUGAYGAGGCUACGAAUGGCAGAAAACGCAUAAAACCGCAUGAACUACAGAGAGAUGAUCCAUAGCAAACAACAUAAACAAAACCUAUGGUUCAUCUCUCAAUUGAAAUUUUGUGUACAGUUUAAUGACUGCAAUGGAAGAUAUACUGUUUUUUUAUUCAAGUGUUUUUUAUCAAAUCGUUGCAAGUUAAUGUAAGUUGAAGCUGAUUGUAGAUUUAUGUAAAGGUGACUUCUAUAAAGCAAUAAUUUCAACUUAAGCUGAAAUUCUGGUAAUAUAUGUAGUAUUAAACCAUUGAUUUGGGGACAAUGC